AUGGGUCUCAAAUCAGGUCCGCCGCGAAGAAAUUAUGGUACUAAGCUUCAAAAAAAGCAUAAUAAAUUUAAGUGUCCGUAUCCCGGUUGCAACUUAUACUUUUCAAGUUACGGAAAAGUAUCACAACAUACCAAAGACAUACACGACAACACAUUACUUGGAGCAAAGUAUGAACAAGAGUCAAAAAUAGAACAAAGGAUUAGCGCUAAACGAAAUACAUCAUUUAAAGAAACGUUUUGCAAACAACUUGACGACAUAAUCAACGGUUUAACAAAAUAUUGUAGUUUAACUGAGCAAGGAAGUUUAAUUGACGAAAACUUAAACAAAACGAACUCGCUAAAAAACGAAGAAAAAAUUGCGUUAUUAGUUAAUCAAAACAGAGAAUUGGAUGAAAAAUAUACCAACAUACAAGAAAAAUACACAAUACUUCAAUGGCAAAUCGAAGGAGUUAUUGAAUUAUAG